AUGAAAGAGGACUCUGUCUCUGAGUCUAAUGGUUUCACAGCUACUUUCUUCAAGGUUUUCUGGGAUUGGGUCAAGGAUGUCAUCUUUGACAUGUUCAAAGUUUUUUCAUGCUGGAAGGCAGGAUCUAAGAAGACUCAACUAUGGGAUUAUAACCUGGUUCUAAGAAAUACAGCAAUAAGAAGGUAUGAAGCAGCCAACUGGUUGCGACGGAUAGUUGGGGUAGUGUGUGCGAAGGACCUUGCAGAAGAGCCUUCUGAGGAGGAAUUCCGGCUUGGCCUGAGGAAUGGCAUUAUUCUCUGCAAUGCACUCAAUAAGGUUCAACCUGGCACGGUGCCCAAGGGUGGACAAGGUGUUCCAGUUGUAGACUGUGUUCUUGCUCUGAAGUCAUUUAGUGAAGCUAAGCAAGUGGGAAGACAAUCUGUAUCCUUCAAAUAUGGUGGCAUUGUAAAGCCUUUGUCUGGAAAGUACUUCAUUCGCAAGAAUACUGAACCUUUUACGAAGGCGAUGAUGAGGAGUCACUCAGCUGAGUUACUCCGAGAUGGCAUAUCACUGGAGCAAAUAGGUCUUGAUUUUUCUCGAGACCACCGAAACAACUACUUCAGACUCCAUCCGAAUGCUUGUGCAAACAAUUCUCUCAGAUAAGAAACCAGAAGAAGUUCCAUCGGU